AUGGAGACUAUAAGGAGACGCAGUAUUCCUUUAAACAAGUAUUUGGCACACUUACCACUCAGAAGGAACUCUUUGAUGUUGUUGCUAACCCUUUAGUAGAUGAUCUUGUUCAUGGCAAAAACGGUUUUUAAAUCCAAUGAUAGAAAUAGUAUGGAUAUUCAGUGUGAAGUUGAUGCCUUGUUAGAACGGCAGAAAAGAGAGGCCCUGCCCAUUCCAAAGACUCCUUCCAACAAACGGCAGAUUGAUCCAGAGUUUGCAGAUAUGAUAAAUGUGCAAGAAUUUUGCAAAGCAGAAGAAAUUGAUGAAGACAGUGUCUAUGGUGUAUUUGUCUCUUAUAUUGAAAUUUAUAAUAACUACAUAUAUGAUUUAUUAGAGGAAGUACCAUUUGAUCCUAUUAAGCCAAAACCUCCACAAUCUAAAAUGCUACGUGAAGACAAGAAUCAUAACAUGUAUGUUGCAGGGUGCACAGAAGUAGAAGUAAAAUCUACCGAAGAAGCUUUUGAAGUUUUCUGGAGAGGUCAGAAGAAGAGACGCAUAGCUAAUACUCAAUUAAAUCGUGAAUCCAGUAGGUCACAUAGUGUGUUCAUCAUUAAACUAGCUCAGGCUCCAUUGGAUGCAGAUGGAGAUAAUGUAUUGCAGGAAAAAGAACAAAUCACUUUAAGUCAGUUGUCAUUAGUUGAUCUUGCUGGAAGUGAAAGAACCAAUAGGACAAAAGCAGAAGGCAACAGACUCCGUGAAGCUGGUAACAUUAAUCAGUCACUAAUGACAUUAAGAACAUGCAUGGAAGUCCUUCGAGAAAACCAAAUGUAUGGGACUAACAAGAUGGUUCCAUAUCGAGACUCAAAAUUAACUCAUCUGUUCAAGAACUAUUUUGAUGGGGAAGGCAAAGUGCGUAUGAUCGUGUGUGUGAACCCAAAGGCUGAAGAUUAUGAGGAAAGCUUGCAAGUGAUGCGAUUUGCAGAAAUGACCCAAGAAGUUGAAGUAGCAAGACCAGUAGACAAGGUGAUAUGUGGUUUAACUCCAGGCCGACGUUACAGGAAUCAGGCCUUUAGGGAGGAGCUUACACGUCGACUUGAACUUCGAGGGGGUCCAGUUGGUGACGAACAAUCAGUUACGGAGAUACUUCUGCAGAGUUUUCCACCUUUACCAUCAUGUGAAAUUCUAGAUGUCAAUGAUGAACAAACACUUCCAAGGUUGAUUGAAGUAUUAGAGAAACGCCAUCAUGUUCGACAAAUGAUGACAGAAGAAUUUAAUAAACAAGUGGUUGCUUUUAGAGCUAUGCUGCAAGAAUUUGAUAAUGCGGUUUCAAAUAAGGAAAAUUAUAUUCAUGGAAAACUAAGUGAAAAAGAAAAAGUGAUCUCAGGACAGAAAGCAGAAAUAGAACGACUGGAAAAGAAAACUAAAACUUUGGAAUAUAAGAUUGAAAUUUUAGAGAAAACUACUACAAUCUAUGAGGAAGAUAAACGCAAUCUACAACAGGAACUUGAAAGCCAGAACCAAAAACUUCAGCGCCAAUUUUCUGACAAACGUAGACUGGAAGCAAGGCUGCAAGGCAUGGUGACAGAGACUACCAUGAAGUGGGAAAAAGAAUGUGAACGUCGUGUGGCUGCCAAACAGCUAGAGAUGCAGAAUAAACUCUGGGUCAAAGAUGAAAAACUGAAGCAACUUAAGGCUAUUGUUACCGAACCAAAGAAUGAUAAACCAGAGAGACCAUCACGGGAACGAGAUCGAGAAAAAGUUUCUCAAAGAUCAGUUUCUCCAUCUCCAAUACCUCUUUCUACUAACUAUAUUGCUCAGAUUUCCAACGGCCAGCAACUCAUGAGCCAGCCACAACUCCAUAGGCGCUCUAAUUCUUGCAGCAGUAUUUCUGUAGCUUCCUGUGUUUCGGAAUGGGAGCAGAAAAUUCCUCCAUACAACACACCUCAAAAUGUCACAUCUCUCGCAAGGCGUAGGCAACAGGAGCCAGGACAAAAUAAAAAUUGUAUCGUAUCAGACAGAAGGCGAGGGAUAUACUGGCCUGGAGGCAGGGAGGUGGUUCCCUCAUAUAGAAAUGAGAUAGCAAUAGAAGAGGAGCAGUGCUGCAGGGGUGAUGUUUUUAAAACAAGAGGUGGUGGGCAAUCUGUCCAAUUCACAGAUAUUGAGACUUUAAAGCAAGAAUCCCCAACCGGCCGGAAACGAAGAUCUUCCAACACUACCACAGCUCAAGAAGUUGUGACAGAGCCUGAGUGGACAGAUGUAGAAACUCGGUGUUCUGUAGCUGUGGAAAUGAGAGCAGGAUCUCAACUUGGACCUGGAUAUCAGCAUCAUGCACAACCCAAGCGCAGAAAGCCAUGAGUUGAGCUUCCCUUGUGAUAAAGGAUUUUUUUCAUGUUAUUGAUUUCUUUUGAAUCAAACAGCUGUACUAUUUUGUUAAAAAAAUUUUUUUUUAUUGCUUUAAAAUUGCAUACCUCAUAGCUGUUGACUAUGUUAUACACUGGCAAAGAGCAACA